AUGAAAUUCCCAGUUGGCUUUACACCACCUUCUCCUAACCAUGUUUGUAAGUUGAAGAAGUCCAUUUAUGAACUUCGUCAAGCUUCUAGGCAAUGGUAUUCUAAGCUUACUACUGCUCUUAAUUUCAAGGGAUACACACAUUCAUUGAACGAUUAUUCUUUGUUUUUUAAAGAGACAGAUUCAUCUAUCUCUAUUGUGGCAGUAUAUGUCGACGAUAUAUUACUAACAGGAAAUGAUACAAAGGAAUUGACUGCAUUGAAAGAAUUUUUACAUCAGGAGUUCAGAAUCAAGGAUCUUGGACACUUACAUUAUUUUUUGGGAAUGGAAGUUCUACGAGAGUCUCAUAGAAUUGAUUCUCUCCACAAGUCGCCUGUUUCUUGCCCUCUUGACCCAUCUGCUCGCUUACUUGCUCAAACCGGUGACUCUAUCCCUGACUCGACCUUGUAUCGCCAUUUGUUGGGCAAGCUAAAUUACUUGACACAUACAAGAUCGGAUAUAUCCUACAUUGUACAACACCUUAGCCAGUACAUGCAGGAUUCUAGACAGCCUCAUCACAAUGUUGCACUUUGUGUCCUCCGCUAUUUAUUGAAGGAUCCUGGACUUGGGCUCUUUAUGUCUUCCUCGCCUUCAUACCAGCUCCCUGCCUUUUGUGAUUCCGACUGGUCCACUUGCCCUAAUUCGCGCAAAUCCGUCAGUGGAUUCUACAUCUCUCUUGGCUCAUGCCGAGUUUUAUGGAAAUAA